AAAUGGCGUUCAGACGUCUGUGUUUAGAUUUUUUUGUAGUUGAUUACCCUCUUGUUACCGAGAUAGCUUUUUACAUAUUUUAACAUCAUGUAAUUAAGAGAAGACCGCUUUCUUCAGUAAUACGUUCAGUGCGUUUUAGUUUUAUUGUUCCCAGCUAAAACAUAGGGUGGUUAAAUUUUGUGAGACAAAGCCAGCUUUGGGCAAGUUUUUAAGCAAUUAUAGUAGUAUCCAUCGGCCUUGAUCCAGUCCUUGCUAUGGACCUGGAAUCGGUAAAAAAAGUUUUAGAGUCUUUUUGCAAAUCUGAAUCAGCAUCAAACAUUCAGCAUUUGAAGAAUGAUAAGAACCUUGUGAAUGGAAUAAUUCAGAACUUACCAAGUCUGUAUGCACACGAGUUGAGUAAUCCAGUUUAUAACAGUCUAUUUGAGUUGUAUCGUCAAAGUGGAAGCGGAGGACACCCUUUUGUUCUUCAAUUUGUUCCAGUGUUAAUAUGGACUUACUUGUCAGCCACAACAAGAAGGGAUGAGCUGGUUUAUGGCAAGCUGGAGGCUCUACUAUUGGCUAUCUACAAUGCUGAAGUAGUAAAUGAAAAAGGAGAGCAGAAGAUCAAGUCAUUUAGGUUGCCAUCACUUUCAAGACCGUCAAUUUACCAUGAGCCCUACCAAAGUUCCACAACUUCAUCAACACUAACUGAGACAGCACUGAGUCGACAUGAGCAGAGUGAGACAAUUGUGACUUUACCAGGACCCGGAAAACAACUCAAUAGAAUAACUGCUACACACAGGCUUUCUGUGCUUAGUGUCAUUCUGCACCAGUAUAACUCAAACAUUGUCUACAUGCCAGAGGCCUCUCAUCACAGCUUUUGCAUCAUGGCAUUAAGGCUGGCAAAAUGUGGUUUUUACAAACUUUGCCAACGGAGUAAAGAAGAAAUAGAAUCUCAUUUCUCAAGUGACGAGCUGUCAAGAUUGGUGAACCAUCCCAGGAUAACACUAAGCACAGAGCUAAUUCAGGAGAUGACAUAUGGAAUAUAUUUCCUGAUGUACAAUGGUCAAAGGACUCUUGCUACCAAGGCUCUGGAGGAUCUCCACUGGCGUGCAUCACACAGUCUGUUGGCUCCUGCUCAUCUGCAGCUGAAAGCUCACUUAAAAUUACAUACAAGUGAACUGCUGAUGAAAGCAAGUUAUAAUAAAAAUGUACUGCAUUACAACCUUACAAUCAUGCUGACUGAUGCCAUUAAACAUUCAAUGGAUCAAACAGAUGGCCUCCCCAGGGAUGGUCCCCUAGGGCUGGAGAUGUACUUGUCAGAUACACAGACUGCCCAACCCAUCAGCAGUAAGACUGUGCCCUCAGUCAGCGGCACUGUACCAGAAGCACCAGUGACUCCUGGAAAAAUACUGGCUUUGAGUACAAGUGGAAUGGAGGUAACUCGCCUCAACUAUGAAUUUCCAAAGGACAAUGCUGUGGACAUGGAAGAUAUUGAAGUCGAAGUUCAUUCAAGGAAAGCCAGUUCUUCUUCAGAUCACUCUGCUAAAGAAGCGAGCAAGUCGCACAAGAAGGCCAACAGCCUGGGGCAUUUCAAGCUGCCUUUCUUGUCGACGAAGGAGCAUAUUGAACUUCAACCCAUACAAGGGUCGACGAGGCCGAACUCCUCCGAAUCACCACGAGUUGUUUUGUCGGAGGUCAAUGUACCGUCGGAGAAAUCCGAAGAUGUCGAGUUACUCGCGACAAGUUUCAGCGACGAGGUUUUUGAUCACAAAUUAUAAGACGUUUUCUCCUUAAGAUCAUUCGUUGACCAAUAGUGUUAAAAUAUAAUUUUUCCGUUCAAUAUCGACACAUUGUCAAAAUUACCACCAAAUUUUUGAACAUUAAAUGAAAAAACAAAAAAAGGAAGAAUGUAAUCCGUAGAAAAUUUAAUUUCAAGUUUGCCACUGCAUGGGUUUCUUAACUAUAGCUUUCGUAUACAUUGUAACCAAUACAGAGGUAUUAAAAGUAUGUUUUAUAAAAUUAUUGGAUGUACACAUACAUAUGAUAACAUUGGUGUAUAAUAUUAAGUCAAAUCCUUCAGAAUAAAGUGUGACCUUAUGUGAA